AAAAAGACCCCCAUCCAACAUGGCUGCCGGCCGCUCUUCCGGAAGCGGCAGCCGGGGGUCUCAGGGGUACUGUCCACUCCCGACGCUUUAGUGGUUUUCCACAGCGGCUGUCCAUGGUGCCCGUGUCGACCCCCGGAACCUCCGCUUCCUGUCAGGCCCGGGCCACCGGGUGGGAGGGGAAGCCGUUGAGAGGCGGCGGGCGCCGUUUGGAGUGCGACGCUCUGAGCUGCUUCCGGCACGCCUCGAUGGCCGCGCGGGCGGCGCUCUAGGCAGGCAGGCCCGCGCUCUCAUGGGUCGCCCGGGGUGCUCUAUGCUCUGUUAAUCCGCCGGGGGCGGGGCCGGGGCAGUCUCGCGAGAGCCUGGAGGGGGCGGGCGCGUUCUCCCACGGCGGACGGAGCCCGAGAUGGAGCCGGAGAGUCUAGAGUCGAGGAUCAACAGAGCUACCAACCCGCUAAACAAGGAGCUGGACUGGGACAGCAUCGAUGCCUUCUGCGAGCAGCUGAAUAAGGAGCUGGAAGGGCCACCACUGGCCACCCGGCUGCUGGCCCACAAGAUCCAAUCUCCACAAGAAUGGGAAGCUACCCAGGCCCUGACGGUCCUGGAGACGUGCAUGAAGAACUGUGGCAAGCGUUUUCAUGACGAGGUCGGCAAGUUCCGCUUUCUCAACGAGCUCAUCAAGGUGGUGUCGCCAAAGGUGGGCUCCAGGAGGCAGUACCUGGGCACCCGCACCCCAGAGAAGGUGAAGGACAAGAUUCUGGAGCUGCUCUAUACCUGGACCCUGGGACUGCCGCAGGAGGUGAAGAUCGCCGAGGCCUACCAGAUGCUAAAGAAGCAGGGGAUUGUGAAGCUCGAUCCCAAACUUCCUGACGACAUCCCCUUCUCAGCACCCCCUACGCGGCCCAAGAAUGGGAUCUUUGAAGAUGAGGAGAAGUCCAAGAUGCUGGCCCGGCUGCUGAAGAGCUCCCACCCCGAGGACCUGCGAGCUGCCAACAAGCUGAUCAAGGAGAUGGUCCAGGAGGACCAGAAGCGGAUGGAGAAGAUCUCCAAGCGAGUGAGCGCCAUAGAGGAGGUGAAUGACAAUGUGAGGCUGCUGACCGAGAUGGUGACCAGCCACAGCCAGGGGGGGACCUCGGUCAGCAAUGACGAGCUCAUGAAGGAGCUGUACCAGCGCUGUGAGCGGAUGAGGCCCAUGCUCUUCCGACUGGCCAGCGACACCGAGGACAACGACGAGGCCCUGGCCGAGAUCCUGCAGGCCAAUGACAACCUCACCCAGGUGAUCAACCUCUACCAGCAGCUGGUGAAGGGAGAAGAGGCCAAUGGGGACACGGCCUCCGGCCCCCUGCCAGGUAGCACCUCGGCUCUUUUAGACCUCUCUGGACUGGACGUGCCUCCGGCAGGCUCGACCAGCCUGGCCAGGCCAGAGCAGCCCACCUCACUCUCCCUGCUUGACGAUGAGCUCAUGUCUCUAGGCCUCAGUGACCCCACACCCCCCUCGGCCCCAGGCCUGGACAGUGGAGGAUGGAAUAGCUUCCAGUCCUCCGAAAGCUCAGAGACCUCCAGCGCAGCUCCCAGAGCGGAUAGCCAGCCCUCACCCCCGACACCUGCGUCAUCCUCCAGUGGGCUCGAUGACCUGGACCUCUUAGGGAAGACACUGCUGCAGCAAUCCCUACCCCCAGAGUCUCAGCAAGUGCGGUGGGAGAAGCAGCCGCCGGCCCCUCGGCUCACCCUGCGGGACCUCCAGAACAAGAGCAGCGCCGGCUCGCCCAUGCCCAGCACCCAGACUGCACUCCCCAGCAGCCCCUAUGAGCCUCCCGUGCUCCCCCGGCCCCCGGAGCCAGCGCACGAGGUCUCGCUGGCCAACGUCACUGUGCCCUUGGAGUCCAUCCGGCCCAGCAGCAUCCUGCCCGUAACUGUCUAUGACCGGCAUGGCUUCCGCGUCCUCUUCCACUUUGCCCGGGACCCUCUGCCCGGCCGGCCUGACGUGCUGGUCGUGGUGGUCUCUAUGCUGAGCACAGCCCCAAAGCCUAUCCGGAACAUUGUGUUUCAGUCCGCUGUCCCCAAGGUGAUGAAAGUGAAACUGCAGCCCCCCUCAGGCACUGAGCUGCCCGCCUUCAACCCCAUCGUCCACCCCACGGCCAUCACCCAGGUCCUGCUGCUCGCCAACCCCCAGAAGGAGAAAGUCCGCCUUCGGUACAAGCUCACCUUCUCCAUGGGGGACCAGACCUACAACGAGAUGGGGGAUGUGGACCAGUUCCCCCCACCCGAGUCUUGGGGAAGCCUCUAGAAGCAGGCUGAGCAAGGGAAGGCUACCAGAGGCAAGGUCUCCCAUCCUGCAGGGUGGGGGCAGCCCCCCAGGGCCUCAGCUGCUCCCAUCCCCCCAUCUUCUGGUUGGGACUUCACUCAGAAGCCUGCGUUCCCCAGCAGACAGCAGGGGGCCAGCCAUCCACACUGGGGUCCGGUGCUGCUCUCCCUGGUGUCCCUCCAAUGACUGGUUCCUCCCCACCUUCCUCUUCUGCCCUCACCGAGCUAAAACCCAGAAGGAGAGACCGAGGCCAGGGCCCCCUGCCCCCAACACAACAGUCCCAUCCCUUGGCCAGGGACGUCCCGCACGGAUCUGUCGAGAUGCGAGGACGGGGCAGGAAGGUGCAUGAGGGAUUUGGGAAGGGUUGGAGUGUCCUGGAGCCCUCAGCACCACCGUAGCAGGCCUGGGAGGGGCCGGGCUGAGGCACCGCAGGAUGACCCUGGAGCUGGGCAGGGCUGGCGGCCUGCUCUCUUAUGCCUUAUGGGAAGGACUAGCCAUAACCCAGGGGUGGCCUUAGGGAGUGGGGAUUGUUCUACAGGCCCAGAGCCUCCCCUUCUCCCUUCCCCGUUGGGGGAUGCAGGGGCUAGCAUCUCCCACAGGAACCGGGUUGAAUUGGGGGUUUUCACCUCCAACUGUUUGCACUUCUCUGGUGUGGGGUUUGACUUUGUUUCCUUUUGUUUGAGUCUGGGCGGACAGGAUGGCUGGGGAAGGAACCCCCGCUGCUCACCUUGCGUCUCCCACUUCCCAUUUGUCUCCCUUGCAUCAUUGCUGAGAGGAGCUCGCAGGAGGGGGUCUAGGCCAGGGGCUGGGCUGGGCAAGGAAUGGCCAGGCCCAGAUUCUACCUUGGUGGGAGAAUGGUCAUUCCUAGCCUGGGGGUUUCCCCGUGGAUGGGCUCGGGUCAGAAGCAGCCUUUUCCCUGUCCCUCUUGUGCCGUGGGCCUGCAGGAUUGCCACCCAGGGUCCACAGGUGGCUCGUGUCCACCUGUGGUCAGAGGGAUGUUGUGCUGCUUUGAAUGUGGUGUAUUUAUGGGUUAUAAUAAAGAGUUCUUUCCUGGA